AUGAAGAAUGGUAUUCCUCUCACUGAUAAUGAUCGGAAACCAUGGUUAUUGGCCAUUCAUCUUCAAAUCAUGAAUGAAAUCAAACAUUUUAAUCGGAAAUUCAUCCUUGUCACAUGUUCCGCGUUGAAACAUCAAUACAGAGAAUUACUCAUUGCUGGUGAUCAAUAUUUGUGUGAACGUGAGGAAGAUGUUUUAGAUCAACCCUUGAUAACCAAUGAAAAUAUGAAUAUUCUCCCCCAACAACAAUCAUUGAAAUGGUAUUUUGUUCAUUUAACAACCAAUAAGGAUGUUAUUUCACAACGAAUGCAAGAACGAACGGGUCAUUAUAUGAAUCCAUCAUUGAUACAGAGUCAAUUUGAUUGUUUGGAUAUGAUGCCAUUCGAUCCAUACAAGUUUCCAAAUGCAACAUUGGUGAGUGUGGACAAUGAAGGACCCGUGGAAAUGGUUGUAGAUAAUAUCAUUUCAUUUGUGCUCAACAAGUGA